UUUGAUUUGCGCUUUAUUUAAGUGUAUUCGCCCUCACAGUGACUUCGCCGUCUGCGUUGGUGUCUUUUUUGUGUCUCUGUCUUUCAUUUAGCUUUUUCGUUUUUUAUUUUGUGCGCAAACGUGACUGCGCUUCGCCCGUUGCCAGCACCUGCUAAAAAAUAUUGCAAGUUCGCGCGUGCGUUUUUCGGCAGUUGAUUAAAUUCCAAGCCGUAAAUUGAACUUGAGCUGAGCCUUUUGUUCGUUUUAUGUGUGUGCGUUUUAUUGUGUGUACUGUUUACUGCCGCAACAACAAAUAAUGAAAGCGGCGGACGUUGAAGCGGCAGAGGCAGCUGCCAAUGGCAAAUCAAAGGAGUUGGCAAUUAGUGAGAGGCAGCAAGAGGGAGAGAAAGAGCAUGAGACUCUGGAAUACCCCAAAUCGGUGGCCUUCAUCAUUAGCAAUGAGUUCUGCGAGCGCUUCAACUAUUACGGCAUGCGUGCUAUACUGGUCCUAUAUCUAACCCAUAAGCUGGACUACAACGAGGAGACGGCCACAGUGCUCUUUCACAUAUUCACGACGCUCGUUUACAUCUUUCCGCUCAUCGGAGCUCUCAUUGCGGAUGGCUGGCUGGGCAAGUACAAGACGAUAUUGUAUCUAUCGGUCGUUUACAGCAUCGGUGCUAUGACUGUCGCCUUUGGCGCAAUACCUAUGCCGGACAUGCCGGUCAAGAUGGUCACCAUUGUGGGUCUUGUGCUGAUUGCUGUGGGCACUGGCGGCAUCAAGCCCUGCGUCUCGGCCUUCGGCGGGGAUCAGUUUCAGCUGCCAGAGCAGGCCAUUGAGCUGGCCAAGUUCUUCUCGCUGUUCUACUUUGCGAUCAAUGCGGGCUCCAUGAUCUCGACGACGCUAACUCCGGUUCUGCGUGCAGAUGUUCAAUGUUUCGGGGACGAGGACUGCUACUCGUUGGCGUUUGGCGUGCCUGCUGUCCUGAUGCUCGUUUCGAUGGUUAUCUUUGUGGCCGGCAGAUCGCUCUACAAGGUGCAGCCGCCAUCGGGCAACAUGAUCUUCGGCGUCUCCCAGUGCAUAACGAACGCGUACAAGGGCUGGCGGCAGAACCGUAAGGAGAAGCCCAUGGAACACUUUCUCGACUAUGCCACGCCCGUUGUGGGGCAGCAGAUGGUGUACGAGACGAAGUGCUUGGCCAAGAUCUUGCUGCUCUACGUGCCCUUUCCUGUCUUCUGGGCUCUCUCAGAUCAGCAGGGCUCGCGCUGGACCUUCCAGGCCACCCAUAUGGAUGGAUCGGUGCUUGGCUAUCAAGUCAAGCCGGAUCAAAUGCAGGUGAUCAAUCCUCUGCUCAUUCUCGCCUUCAUUCCACUAUUCGACUACGCCAUCUACCCUUUGCUUGCACGCAUCGGCAUCAGGCGUCCGCUGCAGAAGCUCAGCAUUGGUCUGCUGCUCGCCGCCCUCGGCUUCUAUGUGUCGGCGGGCGUGGAGCUGAAACUCGAGCAACUGCAACCGGAGGCUGAGCCCUCGGCCCCCGACAUGGUUCAUCUGCGGCUCUACAAUGGGAUGCCGUGUCGCUACGAUUUCAUAAGUGACCACGAUGCAGUUGCCGACUCCAUCGAUUCGCUGUCCAUGUGGUCCAAUUUGGAGCUCCGUGUGCCGCGGGCCAAAGAGUUCGCCUUCCAGGCCAAGUCGUCGAAAAAGCAAUGUCCGACUAUUGAAGGACGUCUACACCUACAGCCGGGCAAGUCCGUCAGCUAUUUCCUAUCCAAGGCGGGUCUCCAGGAGUUUCCCGACGGCUUGAGCACUGUGCAGCGCUUCAAUCGGCCUCCUCUGCUGCGCACUUUGGUCAACACGCCUCCGGACGAGGGACCCAUUCUGCUGAGAGCUCCCGUCUCGGGCAGCGGCAGCGUCCAGCUGGACAUCAAGAAUCUCUCAGCGCUGCAUGAAGUUUCGCUCGGCUACGGAGAGCUCGACAUCAAUGGCAAACGAGCUGCAAGCUUCGAUGCGAAGAACGGAGGACUCUACAGCCUCCUGGUUCAGGGCAAUGCACGCGACGGAUAUGAAUACAACAUGUUGGAGGUGGUGCCACCGACAACGCUCUCGAUACUCUGGCAGCUGCCGCAGAUUGUGAUUAUGACAGCCGCUGAGAUAAUGUUCUCGGUGACGGGUCUGGAGUUCUCUUUUACCCAGGCACCGACCAGCAUGAAAUCGGUGCUGCAGGCCUGUUGGCUGCUCUCCGUGGCCAUUGGCAACAUGAUCGUGGUGAUCAUAGCUGAGGUCAAGUUCGUUAGCACCCAAUCGGCGGAGUUUGCGCUCUUCGCCAGCAUCAUGCUGGUCAAUCUGUUGAUCUUCCUCUUUCUCGCGCGCAACUACAAAUACACGGAUCUGGCGAGUACUGAGGCAGCGAACAAGGAAUCUCAGGAAAAGCAGGGCGCAGACCCACAGACAAUAAGACGAGAGGAUGCUGGGCAGGGCAGCUAUCGGAAUUAUGCGUACGAUCUGUGAUCGGAUCGACUAUGCUAGUUAUAUAUGUGCAUAGAUGUCUAUGUAACUAUAUGGCUGCGAUCUAUAAUCUAUCGAGUGUCUAUAU